UUAAUUUAAUGCAUUGGAAGUUUGGUCUACGUGUGGAUUUUUUUGUGGAUUUUGUGAUUCUGAAGUGUUUCGUGUUUAUUUGCGGUGGUGAAUUGCAUUAUGGGAUGUUGAUCUCUGCUCUGUUCACUUCUGAUGUUGUAAAUUCAACUCUACAGUUUAACAAAGUGACUUGUAUUGAUUUUUCAGUGGUUUGAAAUAAUAUCUAGAGAAAUCCGUCAGUAAAAUAACAGAAAAUGCACUACUCCCCACUUAGAAAUCUAACUUAAGUCACAAUAGCCCCAUUUUUGAUUCGGUGGAGGCAAAGGGCUGCCAUAAAAACUGAUCUGCGCGUAAUCGCGUAAUUACGCACGGUGACGCGCGCGAGAAUAUCAAUGAAAAUAUUUAAUUUCAAACUUAUUCGAGCCACUUUUUUUCCAACAAAAGAUAAAGUUACGCUGAACAGUCGGUCACGUGUGCUCUCCGACAAUACCGGGCGGUGUCCUCCGGUGUCCCCCUGACGGACCGCGCGUCUCCAUCAUCUCCAUCAUCAUCUCCAGCGGCUCCUCCAUCAUGUCAGAUCAGCCUUCCUCUCCUUCGUCCGGCCACAAACCCGCCCUCCGCCCGUCUGGCUCCGGGGCUUCUCAGAGCCGCUUCCAGGUGGACCCAGUGGCUGAUUCCGGCGCUCCUAAAACCAGCGAGGAGCCGAAGAGCCGGUCCCGGGUGGUGAACUUUUGGAGCCCGUCUGACGGCGCUGCUGACCCUGGGCUGAACGGAGAUACAGUGCGCAGCGAGGCCAGCCUACACUCGUCCACCGGCGGACUGUCGCAUUUCUCGGACACGCACUCCAGCACUUACUACCUGCGCACCUUCGGGCACAACACCAUCGAUGCGGUGCCCAACAUCGAGUUCUACCGGCAGACGGAGGCUCCUCUUGGGGAGAAACUUCUGCGGCCCUCGCUGGCGGAGCUUCAUGAUGAGCUGGACAAGGAGCCGUUUGAGGAGGGUUUCCCCAGCGCUGAGGAGCUGACGGCCGCUGAGAUCCUCACACCUAAAGAACUGUCUGACUCUAAAGGAGGAACGGUCAAAUUCGGCUGGGUUAAAGGAGUGCUGAUACGAUGCAUGCUGAACAUCUGGGGGGUGAUGCUGUUCAUCCGCAUGUCAUGGAUUGUGGGUCAAGCAGGCAUUGCUCUGUCCUGUGGCAUCAUCCUCAUGGCUAUAGUCGUGACGACCAUCACUGGACUCUCCACGUCUGCGAUCGCCACCAAUGGAUUUGUGCGCGGAGGUGGAGCAUAUUACCUGAUCUCCAGGAGUUUGGGUCCAGAGUUUGGAGGAUCCAUCGGUCUGAUCUUUGCCUUCGCUAAUGCCGUGGCUGUGGCCAUGUAUGUGGUGGGCUUUGCAGAAACUGUUGUUGAACUUCUGGAUAGUAUCGACGCUCUGAUGACAGAUGAGAUCAACGACAUCAGGAUUGUGGGAACGCUGACGGUCAUUUUACUGCUGGGAAUCUCAGUCGCUGGGAUGGAGUGGGAGGCCAAGGCUCAGAUUGUGUUACUGGUGAUUCUUCUGGCAGCCAUUGUCAACUAUUUCAUCGGCUCCUUCAUUCCCAUGAAGUCAAAGGAGUCCAGGGGUUUCUUCGGUUAUAGCGCUGCCAUAAUGAUGGAGAACAUGGGUCCAGAUUUCAGAGAGGAGGAAACCUUCUUCUCAGUCUUCGCCAUCUUCUUUCCGGCGGCGACAGGAAUCCUGGCUGGAGCAAACAUAUCUGGAGAUCUGGCGGAUCCUCAGUCUGCGAUUCCCAAAGGAACUCUUCUGGCCAUCCUCAUUACCGGAGUGGUCUACAUUGCCGUCGCCAUCUCCAAUGGCUCCUGUAUCGUGCGGGACGCCACCGGUGAUGAUAAUGACACUGUUCUGGGCUCUCUGGAGAACUGCACUGACGCCGCCUGCUCUCUGGGAUACGACUUCUCCAUCUGCAGAGAGGGCGGAUGCAAAUACGGCCUGCAGAACGAUUUCCAGGUGAUGAGUCUGGUAUCUGGGUUUGGGCCGCUCAUCACCGCUGGAAUCUUCUCCGCUACGCUCUCUUCUGCUCUGGCGUCUCUGGUCAGCGCUCCUAAAGUCUUCCAGGCUUUGUGUAAAGAUAAAAUCUACCCAGGAAUCCAUCUGUUUGCUAAAGGAUACGGCAAGAACAAAGAGCCGCUGCGAGCGUACGUGCUGACCUUCGUCAUCGGCCUGGCCUUCAUUCUGAUUGCGGAGUUAAACAUCAUCGCCCCCAUCAUCUCCAACUUCUUCUUGGCUUCUUACGCUCUGAUCAACUUCUCCGUCUUCCACGCCUCGCUGGCCAACUCUCCAGGAUGGAGACCCAGCUUUAAAUACUACAAUAAGUGGGUUUCUCUGGCCGGAGCUGUGCUGUGCUGUGCCGUGAUGUUCGUCAUCAACUGGUGGGCUGCGCUUCUGACCAACGGCAUCGUGCUGGCGCUCUAUAUAUACGUCAGCUACAAGAAACCAGAUGUGAACUGGGGCUCAUCCACACAGGCUCUGAUGUAUAAUCAGGCUCUGACACACAGUCUGCAUCUCACCGGCGUGGAGGAUCACAUCAAGAACUUCAGGCCUCAGUGUCUCCUCAUGUGUGGAUAUCCAAACUCCAGACCGGCGCUGCUCUACCUCACACACACCUUCACUAAAGACAUGGGUCUGAUGAUCUGUGGACACGUCAGGACUGGUUACCGGCGGCCCAACUAUAAGGAGAUGCUGAAUGAGCAGGUCCGCUAUCAGCGCUGGCUCCUGAAGAUGAGAAUCAAAGCCUUCUACAGCCCAGUGUGUGCAGACGACCCGAGACAAGGAGCACAGUACCUGCUGCAGGCCGCUGGUUUGGGUCGUCUAAAACCAAACACACUAGUUUUGGGCUUUAAGAACAACUGGAGAGACGGAGACAUGAGGGAUGUGGAGACGUACAUCAACAUCAUCCAUGAUGCGUUUGACCUGCAGUACGGUGUGGUUCUCCUGCGACUGAAGGAAGGUCUGGACAUCUCUCAUAUACAGGAUGAGUUUCUGUCCUCGCAGGAGAAAACUCCAGCAAUGAAGGAUCUGCUGGUCUCCAUCAACAUCAAGGACUUCGACAGCGACUCCUCCAAACCCUCGUCCAAAAGCACCAGCUGUCAGAGCAGCCCGCUCAUCUUCAGAGACAGUAAGAAGCCUCAGCUGAAGCUCAGCGCUGCGGAUGAGAAGCUUCUGUCCGCCAGUCAGCAGUUCCAGAAGAAGCAGAGCAAAGGAACCAUCGAUGUGUGGUGGCUGUUUGACGAUGGAGGUUUGACUCUUUUGAUUCCUUAUUUGCUCACCAAUAAAAAGAAAUGGCGCGACUGUAAGAUCCGUGUGUUUAUCGGAGGAAAGAUAAACAGGAUCGACCACGACCGCAGAGCAAUGGCGGCGUUACUCAGUAAGUUCAGGAUUGACUUCUCAGACAUCACUGUUCUCGGAGACAUCAACAUCAAGCCCAAGAAACACAAUAAGGAGGCAUUUCAGGAGAUGACGGAGCCCUACAGACUGAGGGAGGAUGACAUGGAGCAGGAGGCGGCGGAGAGACUGAAGGCUGACGAGCCCUGGAGGAUCACAGAUAACGAGCUGGAGCUCUACAGGUCAAAGUCGAAUCGUCAGAUCAGACUGAACGAGCUUCUGCAGGAGCAUUCCAGCACAGCCAACCUCAUAGUCAUCACCAUGCCGUUGGCCAGAAAGGGAACGGUGUCCAGCGCGCUCUACAUGUCCUGGCUGGACACGCUGUCCAAAGAUCUGCCUCCCAUUCUUCUGGUCCGAGGAAACCAUCAGAGCGUUCUGACCUUCUACUCCUGAACACCGACACAAUCAGAACACUUGCAGAACUGACCCCAAAACUGCUCUAACAUCUAACAUACUGAGCUGAAAUCUUCUCAUCUAUUUGUAAA